GAAUAACUAACUACCCAACAGCUUAAUUCCCACCGGAGGCCGCCAUUGCAACGCGCACCUAAUGGCCUCCACCACCACAUACAGAGAUCGGACGGCGGAGUUCCGAUCACUAACCCAAACACUGAAAAAGAUCGGUGGAGUUCCCCCUUCCGAUCAAGAAAAUGGUUCAUUUUCCAUUUCUAAAUCAUAUACUUCACCAACAACAUCUUUAAGAUCCGAAUUCAAUAAAAAAGCUUCCAUGAUCGGAUUCGGAAUUCAAGAAACUUGUCAAAAGAUCGCCAGGCUUGCCAAACUUGCUAAAAGGUCAUCAAUGUUUGAUGAUCCGACCGUUGAAAUUCAGGAACUGACUGUUCUGAUCAAGAAUGAUAUUACAACAUUGAAUACGGCUCUUACGGAUCUUCAAACCAUUCAAAAUAUCGAAGUAGCUGAUGGAAAUUACUCGGAGGAUCGAGUUGUUCAUUCUACGGCGGUUUUUGAUGACUUGAAGAGUAAACUUAUGGGUGCUAUGAAGCAGCUUCAGAAUGUUUUAACAACUAGAACAGAGAAUAUCAAGGCACAUGAAAAUAGGAGACAGAUAUUUUCGUCGAAUGGUUCGAGAGAGAAUCCUUUUGCGCGUCAAGCGAAACCCGUAACUGAGCCGCCACCUUGGUCAAGUUCAGCAAAUGCAUCUGGAAAUUCACAGCCAACAGUAUUGCCGCAAAAUGGUGUUCAAGUUAGCAACCAGCUGAGACGGAGGGCAGCUGUGGACAACACUCCUUCCCAGGAAAUGGAAAUGUCCAUGAUACAGCAGGUUGUUCCAAGACAGGAAAGUUAUGCUCAAAGUCGAUCUGUGGCACUUCAUAAUGUUGAAUCUACUAUUUCAGAACUUAGCGGAAUCUUUACACAUUUAGCCACCAUGGUUGCAGAGCAAGGCGAGCUUGCUAUCAGGAUUGACGAUAACAUGGAGGAGUCAUUGUCUAAUGUCGAAAAUGCCAGUACUUCUCUUCUGAGGCAUCUAAACCAAAUAUCAUCAAAUAGGUGGCUUCUAAUCAAAAUAUUUGCCGUUAUUAUCAUUUUCCUCCUAAUUUUCAUCAUUUUUGUGGCUUGAACAUGAUUACGGUGGUCAUCAGAUCGGUUUGUUGCUUCGUCGGAUAUUCUUCUAACGUUUGUCAUGCUCAUUAAGCAUGCUUAGGAAUAGGAGGCGUGUUCAUUAUUUUGUAAAUUGAAUUGGUAUUUCAAUUUUAUUCUGGCUUUUAGCUUGUAAAAGUGCAAGACGCUUGUACAUUUAAGAUGCAUAGGUACAGAACUAUACAAAUAUAGAAGAAUAGAUAUGAGAAUUCUUUUGGUGUAAAAUGUUUUUUUAUUGUGAUUGUAAAUGUUGCCAAAUGAAAGAAGAAUCAACUUUUACAA